AUGUCUUCAUCUGGAGGAUCACGCAAUUCCAAAGGUGCUAUCAGUGAUGACCCAUCGGAUGACGAAGUGAGCCUGAUGAAUGCAUUGAGAGAAGAGCAGAUCUCAUACAGAGGAGGAACAGUGAUCACGUCACCGUAUGAACAGCAAGCCAACACCAACUUGUCUCGCGGAUUCCGACUGAGCAAUUCUGCCCUUCAAAAGCUAGAGGAGCUCGCAUCCAGGGAUUUGAUUCGUCAGGAGGAACGAGAGCUCUAUAAUCCGUCCGGAGGAGGGCCAUCCAACAUGUGGAGAAGAAAUUUGAAUCCGCUCCCAACAACCCCGGAAUCACGUGGCAAUGAAUCCUACCAAUCGUCACCGGAGCCCACUCCUCGUACCCGUUGCUACAUUGAGGCACUCAUAAAUCCAAUGGCUGCUCAUGGCGACUUAGACAACGAGUUCGAAGACAUGAUUGAUACGUCAGCUCCACAACUACCAGGCUCACCACCAGCCUAUUCCAGCACUAAUGUUGCUGGAACGGCUCCACCGUUCCGCUCAGCUUCCCGAAGAAUGUCGCGUGGUGGACUUGUCUCCCAAGUCGAGGAACAAAUGGCCAAAGUCAGCAUUAUUCGGGAUAAUUCUAGAAGCUCUGAUGAUGCGGAGAGUCUCUCUAAUGAGGGAUUCACAAGCGAGGAACUCACCGUACUAUCCUAUGUGGAUGCGUACAAAGCCCAGGAAGUCCAGCUCACACCAAAGCUUAAGCCCUUCGACAUUGAAUACAUGCCAGCAUAUGGCGACGUCGACUUAUUCGUCAAAGUGCCUCGUCCAGACGACAUUGACGAUAACGCGGGCCUCACGCAAAGAGACGAGCCACCUUGUGAGCAGAGCGACGCUACAAUCGUCGACAUGCAGAUUCGCAAUGCGGUCAAGGAUUCAAAGGUGUUAGAUAAUGAUGUUCCAGUGAAGGUGUUGCAUAACGCUGAUAAGAAUCCAGAUAAGAUUCUCAAAUGGAUCGCUGAUGUUAAGGAGCACCGUAAAAAUGUGCCAAAGUCAACUGUCACCUACAAAACCAUCAGCCAAACCGUUGAGGAUACCAUGCAAGAGCUUCCUGCUCAAAUUCAGAAAGCAGCUCCAAAUCUUAGAGCGCCACCUGCUGAGAUAGACUGCGAUUUAGCUACGUACGCUGAAAUGUGUCUCAACCUUGUUGAUAUUCCUGUUGGAGACAGUCUCAUCGAGUCACUUCAUUUAAUGUUUGACACAUUCAUUCAAUUCAAAAAGUCACAACAUUUCAAGAACUUGGAGUACAAUUUGGAUCUUUUAAAAGAGAAGAAAGAGAAGAUUGAUGUUUUAGAACUCUAA